GAGGACUGUGUUUCUGUUGUUCGUUCUUGCCGUUGUUGUGAGUAGACAAUAAGCAAAAGUGCUCCCCAAUCCGUCGGGUCGGGUAUGGUGUGAGGCACCUAUCCGCAGUAUCAGCAGUUGAUUUCGAGCUACGAAGCGAGUAAGACGUGUGUUGUUGUAAUUUAUCUGUACGUUCGACGACGUUUUAAGUGCUUUUUAGUUAAGUUUUCUUUAAGAAAAAUCACAAACCGAAGAAAAAGACAACAAGCAAAAAAAAAAAAAAUACUAAAACACCAACGACUUGAGUGCAAAGAAAGCCAGUAAGCGUUAACAAUAAAAAACAAAUAUUUACUAAAUACGACUUUUGUGAAAAAGAAAUUGUGCAAAAAAUUUAAUAACCUAAAAAUUUAUGAAAAAUUAAAAAAAUUGUGAAAUACCCAUAAAUCCUUACUACAGAAAAAGUACAGUGCUAAAAACUGCCAAGUGUAUUAUAAAAAAUAAUUAAAACACAACACGUGAAAUUAUUUUUUUAAUUAAAUUUAAUUUAAAUUGAAUUAGAAGAAAAGUUCUCAAAACAAACAGAAAGUCACAAAAAAUUUAAAUAAAACGAAAGAAAACAGAGAAUUCUUAUUAAAAACAACAUAAAAAACUAAACACUAUUUGGGGGAAACAAAUAAAAGUUUUCCUAAGGACAACCACUGCCACGAAUUAUUUGCUGCCUUCCAAACAUUCAACUUGGUCAUCGGCAGCAACAACAACAACUGCCGGGACAUUAUUGCCAUAAACAUUAUUGUUGUUGCUGUUGCCUACAAUAGUUUUCGUAUUCUCAUAACAAUGGCUGUGCCCUUUUAUUUGCCAGAGGGUGGUGCCGAUGAUACCGCCUCAUCCGGCGGCACCACCUCUUCGGAUGGCACCAACAGUGCUGCCAGCUCAUUGCAAUCAUCACCCAACACCACUUCCUCAGCAACACAGACACCAAUGCAGAGUCCUAUAAUGCCGGGUGAUUUUGCGAGAAUACUCAAUGAUGUCUUAAAUCAUUUUUCUGCCAAUAAUGCUGGUGCCCCCGUUUUUCAGUAUCCCACACCACCCAGCCCCUCAUGCUCCGUCUACAGUCCUGCUUAUAUGGGCGGUGAAGUGUUCUUUCCACGCAGCCGCAGCACUCCCAGAACACCACGCACCAGCGUUAGUUUUGCCGCAGGUGAUGAGGUGAAUUUCUUUCAUCAAUCAGCACCAACCUGUUCCAGUGCGGCGGCUCAAACGUCUCAAGCGCCACAAUCAGCUCCGCCAGUUUCCCAAAGUAGUCAUCAUUAUCUCCAGCCACAUCAGCAGCAUUAUCCUCAUUACCCACAUUUUACUUACAAUCACAGUGUACCGGGUUAUUACCAAUACACCCCGCCACCUACACCCACCACAGCCAAUACCAACACAUCAACUGCUGCGGGUGCGGUGGGACCAUCCGGAGGUGCUGUUCACAGAAAUUUACAUCGAAGUCUAUCAGACACAGCCAGAAGAUCACGCUUGACCUCAACUGGUGAAGAUGAACGUGAAUAUCAGAGUGAACAUGAGACAAGUUGGGAUGAAUUUGAUGAUCGCUAUGACAAUUUUACUGCGGGUCGUGAACGAUUGCAGGAGUUUAAUGGACGAAUACCGCCACGCAAGAAGAAAAAGGAUGUGCCAAAACCAAAACCCGAAAAGAAGGAGCAAAGCUUUACUUGGCCCGCUGUUGUAACCGUAUUCGUUUUUGCCAUGGGUUGUGGUUUUCUAGUAGCUCGAUGAGUAUUGACCCUUUAAAAAUGAACAGCCACAACAUGGAAUAAUUCAUCAAUUUACAUAAAAGCAAAAAAAGCAACGAAUUUAUUUUUCAACAAAAAAAUAAACGUUAACACAACUCUCUAGUUCAUUGUUUGUGAGUCAUACAUGGGAAACCCGAAAAGGAGCUGGAAAAGCGAAAAGUUGGUGCACAAGAACAAUAAGAUAAAACAACAAAACGAAGAAGCAGCAAAAGCGUCAACGCGGAAACUUACACGGAUCAAUAAGCCAAUAUAGAUACAAAAAGGAGCAAUUGAAAGAGGGUUUUGUAAGAAAGUGAAGGAAACGAAGUCACAUUAGCAUUAUGAAGCAGUGAAGACACAAAAUAUAGUAAAUGUAUUGCUCAAUUAAAAUCUACUCUUAAAAUAUCCUUAUAAAGAAUACAAAGCAUAAUGAAACAUGAAAAACACAGCAAAUUCACAAUUCAGACUGGCAGCAAACAAAGAAAGACAAUGAAAUGAGAAAAAAAAAACAUUUCUUAUACAAAAAAUACUAUAACGCAAAAACAGAACUGAGAUUUUUGGAACAAUGUUUUUUUGAUACAAGUUUACACAAAUAAUUAACAAAACAAAAAAGAAAAACAAUAUUUUAAGAAGAAAUUUUUUACAAAAAAAAAAAAUCGAAAAACAAAAUUUUUGCUAAAACUUACUUAAUACAACAGAUAUACAUAGGCAUACAUAUAUUUUUGGCCCAAUAUUUACAAAUACAUCUACAAAUAUAAUGAGAAUAAAAUGCUU